AUGAUCAGAACCGUCCACGUGUUGCUGAUGCGGGGCGAAGUGACGACGAAGGCGACGGCGACGGCGACGGCGACGAACAACGCGAGGUUAACAACAGCAGCAGCAGAAGAGGACGAGGGUGAGGGUGAGGGUGAGGGCGAGGGCGAAGACUGCGACGGAUCUGGUAACGGUAUUCGGAUGCCGGACCGGCCGGAUGGCUAUGGAAGAAGGAUGACGGACAGACGAACGACGGCGUCAGUGACGACGACGACGACGACGACGACGACGUGCGAGAAGGAAGUAAUGCACACGACGAUGGUUGAGGCGAAGUCGGCGACGUCCGUCAAAAAAUUGAGGGAAGCCAGCCGUUGCCAUAGUCGGCUAUUAAUUCUUCACGGCGACGACGACGACGAGGACGACGACGAGGCUGACGGUGGUGGCGGCGACGAGGAGGUAGCGACAGGAAAGUUGCAAUGCGCGCGACCAGAGGACGAACUGAUUGAUAAGUCGACGACGGACGGUCGCAAGACGAGAGGCGGCGGCGACGGCGACGGCGCGACAGCGGUGGUGCGAGAGUCGUUUAUUUGUUGUGGUGGCGGAGCUGAGGUGGCGGUAGACGAGACUCAUCGAGCACGUGAGGACGAUGCGAGAGGAGACAGGAAGAGAUUUCCGGCGGCCAACAGUGGCGCUGAGGUCGCGGCGCCGGCGGCGGCGGCAACGCCGGAGGCAGCGACGACGUCCGAGUAUCGACAAAUGGGCGUCGAGGCCGCUGAAGCACGUCUUUUUUCUUGUUCGUCUCUCAUCUGGACGACCGAGUAA